AUGAGUAUCAUGGCGAAGGAUAUCACACUACCAGACACGGUCCUCGAGUCUCUGCGCGCCGAUCUCCAGCAAUGCGGACCUCCUAACCUUGAUGAGCGUCCCAUCAAGCGGCGCAAGACUGCCAAAGGUGGCGCGAGAAACCUGGCUAAUGAAAAUGGGAUUUCAACAACAGGAAUACCUUUGGGCUAUAUUCCAUUGGCAAGAUUAAUAUUGCAUAUAAAACCCUCGGACGCAAGCAUAUACAAGCAUGAAAGUACUUCGAGCGCCAAUCCUUCAUUUAUUCGAUUUCCAGUACUGCUAGAUGUUCGAACUAUUUGUUUACUCGAUGAAGAUUCAAACAACACACCACACUCGGCCAACGGCGAAACUAAGCAUAUGGAACUGAGAAUAACCGGUCUUGAUGGCAAGGAAUUGGUAUCAUAUCCAUGCGAAGAUAUCCGGCUAUAUGACCUUCUUGAGCAACUUCAAGCCGCUAGCAGACUGGCGCAUGUGGAUCAGUUCUUCAAUCAGGUGCCUACGGCCUGCUAUCAAGCAAGACUGUGUGUCUCAUCAGAUGGAACUACUUUUACUCUCGAGACCGUCGUACUUUGGAAGGAUUCUCUUGAUGGCCCGGAUCUUAGGCGAUUAGGGGAAGCGGAGCUAGAAGCUUUUACAAGGUAUGUGCUGCGCGAACGAUGUGUUCGGCCAUCAAAUUUGGCCGAUUCGCGCGAAUAUCGUAAUAAAUUGCUCGGAACACCCCGACAGUGGUCUCCUCGGGACUUUUACAACAAUGUCCACGUUCCCCAGAACACAAACGGCGCGGAAAAUCUCAAAUGCCCUGCAAUAGACUGCAAGCUAUUCCCAUUCCAGAGAAGAGCGGUAUGUUGGCUUUUACAAAGGGAAGGAAUGGAAGUUCAACCGAAUGGCGAGGUUCUGCCUGUGAAAGAGCUUUCGAAGAGUGGCCUCCCAGCAUCGUUCAAUUCCUUGGAAGAUGCGGAUGGACGGACGUACUAUUUCAGUCAGCUUUUCAUGAUUUUGACAACGGACCUCUCUCGUUGGCAUGAUGCUGCAGAUCGUUUGAAGGGUGGGAUCCUUGCAGAAGAAAUGGGGUUAGGCAAGACAGUGGAAAUCAUUGCGUUGAUAAGUCUAAAUAAACGAAAACCGCAGCUGAAGCCCGACCCCGAUGGGUUGAAACAUACUGGUGCCACUUUGAUCAUCACACCACCCGCCAUCCUUGAGCAAUGGAAACAAGAGUUAAAAGAGCAUGCUCCCGCCCUCAAAGUUCAUCAUUAUACCGGCAUAAAGCGGGGGAAAGAACAAUCUGACGAGAUGGUCGUCAACGAGCUUGCCGAGUUCGAUGUUGUUCUGACCACCUACAAUGUCAUUUCUAAAGAAAUCCACUAUUCAGGUGUGCUCCCGAAGCGGAGUCUCCGACAUGAAAAGCGAUUUGAACAGAGGAGGACGCCACUUGUUCGCCUCUCGUGGUGGCGUGUAUGUCUGGAUGAGGCGCAGAUGAUUGAGAGUGGAGUCAGCAAUGCAGCCAAAGUAGCUCGUAUGAUUCCCCGAGAGAUCGCCUGGGCUGUAACUGGUACUCCGUUGCGCAGGAAUAUCGAUGACCUGUUUGGCCUUCUUCUUUUUCUCCACUAUCAGCCAUAUUGCUUUUCAGGUCCUUUGUGGAAAAGACUGUGUUCGUGCUUUGGGUCGGUCUUGUCGGAAAUUAUUAACAAAAUCACCCUCCGGCAUAGCAAAGGUCAAUUACUCAACGAGCUGCGCCUGCCACCUCAAAAGCGCAUUGUGAUCACUACUCCCUUCACAGCAGUAGAAGAACAGCAUUAUGCACAGAUUUUUGAGCAAAUGUGUGAACAGUGCGGUUUGAAUGAAGCAGGAGCCCCGCUUACGGAUGACUGGGACCCCGAAGAUGCUGUGAUUAUCGCAAGAAUGCGUACUUGGUUGACAAGACUCCGCCAGACUUGUCUUCAUCCGGAACUUAGCGGGGGCAAACUUCGUGCCUUGCCUGCAACUGGUGGCCCAUUGCGAACUGUUGACCAAGUUUUGGAAGUCAUGAUUGAGACCAACGAGGCCGCCAUUUGUGCGGAAGAGCGAUCACUUCUCCUCUCCCAACUUCGACGAGGCCAGCUUCUAGAAAAUGCAAAGCGUCGCCAAGAAGCCCUCGCUCUUUGGCAGAAAGCAUUGGACCAUGCUACCGAGCUAGUCGAGAAUACUAGACGGCAAUUACGCUUACUGGAUCUCAAAGAUGCUACCACUGACAAGGACGGGGCCAUUACACCGAUUAGCGACGUGGACGGUGAUGAGGCCGAGGAAGCGGAAAAAAACAGCCGGCUCGGCCAGUGUCGACUGAGGCUUCGAGGCGCCCUUGAGGUCCAGCACAUUGCAGUUUUCUUCACUGCGAACGCAUAUUAUCAAAUCAAGAGCGACACAAACCUGACCCAGCCGGAUUCAGAUGAGUUCAAGGCGCUUGAGAAACGGGAAGAAGAGGGCUAUGAGGCCGCAAAAGUCAUUCGUAAGGAAAUGCUGACUGAUAUUUCCCGCAAGGUUGAGCGUUAUAUGCAAACAAUCAGGACCAAGGCACGAGACAAGGGGUUUGCGGUUAUCCCGAAAAUGAAAGCCCAUCUCUACAGCGAAGGAAUUGAGUCAUACAAUCUGCUCAGCAAAUUUGAAGACCUGUGUGCAGCUCUCAACAAGCAUGCUGAGCAAUACAAGGAAUGGCGGGAUAUCAUGGUCAAACUGGUCUCUCAAUCGCUCAUUGACCAGGAGGAAGAUGCAGAGCUGGAAGGCAAUGAGUACGAGCGGUCGACGAAACAUCAAGAUGAAAUGUAUGUUUACAUGGAGGCUUUGCGGUCAAUGUACGCCGACCGUCAUGACGCUCUUACCGGCCAAAAGAACGUUCUCAUCUCCCAUGAAGCCAAAGCGGGGAUCAUUCAGGCCCAAAAAGGCGAGGGUCCGUCUCCGGAACUAUUCCUUAAGGUCAUGAACAUCCGUAGUGAGCUCAUGCCUGACCCUGAUCUCGGAUCGCUUCGUGGCAUUGUCAGUGAACUUCGUAGUCUUGUGACAUCGCUCGAUUGGCAGGCCAGCUCAGGGAAUUCACGUGCUCGUGCUGAACACGAGGUGGUGGAAAUGGUCUUGAAGAAUGCUGGCCAGAUGAUUGCCGAGCAACUCAAAGUCUCGGCUAAUCUGGCGAGGGAAGUCGAAAUGUUCCGCGACACUAUGAACAAUCGACUGCAAUAUUAUCGCCAAUUGCAGCAGAUUUCAGAUACCGUCGCCCCAUACGACGAGGAAAGCGCAGGAAAGCCACUAGAUGAAGCUCCUUUCGCCGCGAAGCUGAGACAAGAGGAAGUUAUUGGCGAGAAGAUCUCUACUCUCAAGUCUAAAGCGAGAUAUCUCCUUCAUCUACGGGACGACUCUAGUUCCGACAGUAGCCCUCGGAUAUGUAUUAUCUGCCAAACCAACUUUGAACUCGGUGUGUUGACCGUGUGUGGCCAUAUGUACUGUGCUGAAUGCUUGCGGUUAUGGCGGGCUGCACAUCGUAAUUGUCCGAUGUGCAAAAAGGCCUUGGGGCCCAGGGAUUUCCAUCAGGUCACAUACAAGCCGCAGGAGCUAGUUGCGCAAGAGGAAGAAUCACAUGUCAAAUUGGAUCAAGAAGGCCAUUCUCAGAACGCGAUUUACAGUGACAUCAGCUCUGGACAUCUUAAAGAGAUCAACAGCAUUGAUCUGCGAGGCUCUUAUGGAACAAAGAUCGACACCUUGGCCCGGCACAUCUUAUGGCUCCGGGAACAUGACCCUGGCACAAAAUCAAUCAUCUUCUCCCAAUACGGCAACUUCUUGUCGAUAUUGCAGGCAGCAUUCACUAGCUUUGGAAUCACCAGCACCAGUAUCGACACCGUGGAUGGAAUUGAAAGAUUCAAAAAGGAUCCAGCUGUCGAGUGCUUCUUGUUGCACGGAAAAGCACAAUCAUCUGGUCUGAACUUGAUUAACGCAACCCAUGUCUUCCUAUGCGAACCACUUAUAAACACUGCAAUUGAACUACAAGCCAUCGCCCGAGUGCAUCGUAUCGGCCAACUUCGACCAACAACAGUAUGGAUGUACUUGGUCUCUGGCACUGUGGAAGAAUCGAUAUACGAGCUCUCUGUGACCCGACGCCUGGCUCACAUCAUCCAGAAGGAGAAAGACAAGCAAAGGGCCGCUCUUGGAACCGCUGCAGACACUGAUGGUGUUACCGAGGCGGCCAUUGAGUCUGCUAACUCGAUGGAAAUGCAAGAUGCCACUCUUAUGAACUUGAUGCAGCGUGGCUCCUUGGCUGGAGAAGUAGUGAAGCAGGACGACCUUUGGCAAUGUCUCUUUGGCAACACCCUUCGGAAAGAUCGCAAUGACCGUUCAAUCGAACAAGAGAGAGAAGUUGGCCGGUUUUUGAGAGGUGAAGCUGCUGAGCAGAGAAGAGAAGGAGAUUUGAAUCCAUAA